CACGUGACACGCAGGCACUGGGGACCCGCGCCGUCCGCCCCAGCUGUGCACUGAUAAGGCUCCCGUCGGGCGAAGGCGCUCUAUAAAAGCCCCAGGAGCGUGUUUUCUGCAUCACUGUCACUUCUGCCGGCAGAGAGGACUCCAGAGGCCGUCAGCAUGCGGGAAAUAGUCCACCUACAGAUAGGACAAUGCGGCAACCAGAUCGGAGGCAAGUUCUGGGAGGUCAUUAGCGAUGAACAUGGAAUCGAUACCAGCGGAAGGUACCGAGGAGAUUCCGAUUCCCAACUGGAGAGAAUUAACGUCUAUUUCAACGAAGCUCAUUCCCAUAAAUACGUCCCCCGAGCCGUGCUUGUAGACCUGGAACCUGGGACCAUGGACAGCCUUCGCUCCAGUGUUAUCGGGCCGCUUUUUCGCCCAGACAGCUUCAUCCACGGAAAUUCAGGAGCUGGGAAUAACUGGGCCAAGGGCCACUACACGGAAGGAGCGGAGCUGAUCGAGUCUGUGAUGGACGUGGUGAGAGCUGAGAGCGAAAGCUGCGAUUGCCUUCAAGGGUUCCAGCUCGUUCACUCGCUUGGGGGAGGAACCGGCUCCGGGAUGGGGACCCUCCUCAUCAACAAGAUCCGAGAAGAGUAUCCCGACCGGAUAAUGAACACCUUCAGCAUCAUGCCCUCACCCAAGGUGUCCGACACGGUGGUGGAACCUUAUAACGCCAUUCUGUCCAUUCAUCAGCUGAUCGAGAACACAGACGAAACAUUCUGCAUCGACAACGAAGCUCUGUACGACAUCUGCUUCCGUACCCUCAAGCUGUCCAACCCGACAUACGGGGACCUCAACCACCUGGUCUCCAUGACCAUGAGUGGCGUUACUACAUCUCUGCGGUUCCCAGGGCAGCUUAACGCGGACUUGAGGAAGUUGGCGGUCAACAUGGUGCCCUUCCCUCGUCUCCAUUUCUUUAUGACCGGCUUCGCCCCUCUGACUUCUCGCCGGAGCCAGCAAUACAGAGCACUGACCGUGCCCGAGCUCACGCAGCAGAUGUUCGACCCCAAGAGCAUGAUGACGGCGUGCGACCCCCACCACGGCCGCUACCUGACAGUGGCGGGAAUCUUUCGUGGUCAGAUGUCCACCAAGGAAGUCGACGAGCAAAUGCUGGCGGUGCAGACCAAGAACAGCGCCUACUUCGUGGAGUGGAUCCCCAACAAUGUCAAGGUGGCGGUUUGUGACAUCCCGCCUCGUGGCCUCAAACUAUCGGCCACCUUUAUCGGCAACAACACAGCGAUCCAAGAGAUCUUCAAGCGCAUAGCAGAGCAGUUUUCAGCCAUGUACCGGAGGAAGGCCUUCCUGCACUGGUACACCGGCGAGGGCAUGGACGAGAUGGAGUUUACCGAAGCCGAGUGCAACACCCACGACCUGAUCGCAGAAUAUCAGCAGUACCAGGACGCCACCGCUGAGAUGGAAGGAUAUUUUGACGACGACGACGUGGAGGAAAAGGAAGAAGUGCAGGAAACCGUGGAGAGGGUAUUUUGAAGGAGACGUCCAAUACGGUGGCUUCAAGGCUAACGCCGAUUCCUUUCAAACCAGAAUUGACUCGAUUCCAACUCAGAAUUCAUCGAGCAGAAGUGAAACGGCCGCCUUCGUGCUUUCGAGUUUCACAAUAUACAUUUUUGUCUAUUUUAAUAUAGAACUUCCGAGACCGGCGGACUUGGUUGCCAAACUCGAUUAAGAUUUCAUUGCUCGACCAUUGUGACAAUUAUUGUAUUUCACGCAUAUACUUGUUGCUUUACACUAUCAUAAUAUUUAAAUCAUCUGCGCUUUGCAUCCCCCUUAUCAGCCGUUUAGAUGUCCGGCUCCCCCGUGUAAUUUCAUGCUUAGACAGAAAUGAAAUUGCGCAUUCAUGUUACAUACGUGGCUUCUUUCAUGUGUUUCACCCACACGGUGUGGGAUAUUUAGUAAAAGAUUUAAAAAUAAAGAAAAUGAAAA